AUUCUUAUUCCGCAAAAUACGCUCUUUGGCCAACUCAGUUGGAUUCAAGGGUCGUCGUAUUCAGCCAUCUUUCUUUAGCAUCCUCGUGUGGAAGGCCGCAGGAUGAAGUGUCUCGGCGAAUUAAAGGAAUACCGAAUCAUUGGAAGGCGUAUACCAAAUGCCAAGAAUCCUCAACCACCUCUUUACCGUAUGAGAAUAUUCUGUUCAGAUGUUGUAUCUGCUAAAUCAAGAUAUUGGUAUUUUAUGAAAAAAUUAAAGAAGCUUAAAAAAGCUGUGGGCGAAAUUGUUCAAUGCUCUGAAAUCUUUGAUAAAAGUCCAACAACAGUUAAGAAUUUUGGCAUAUGGCUCCGUUACAAUUCUCGAAGUGGUACACAUAAUAUGUACAGGGAAUAUCGUGAUGUUACCACAACUGGUGCAGUAACACAGUGUUACCAAGAUAUGGCAGCUCGUCAUCGUGCUCGUGCAAGUUCCAUUCAAAUAUUGAAAGUUGAAACUGUAGAAUCAAAAAAUUGUAAACGUCCACAUGUAAAGCAAAUGCAUAACUCAAAGAUGCGUUUCCCUCUUCCUCACCGAGUGUUGAAGUCAAGUUUUCGUACAACCUUCCAAGCUCGCAGACCUCAUACUUUCCUGUAAUUUUUUAUGAAAGUAAUAAAUUAACUGACAAA